AUGACCUCCCCAACCCUUGUUGACUCUCUCUCCGCCGCAUUGUCGCGUCGAGAAGCCAAAUCCGCGCGUCGGAGACUGACCGUCUUACCCCGGACGGCAGUGGAUUUCUCCUCCAACGACUUCCUCUCUCUAUCAACCUCAUCAGCGUACCGAGAACGCUUUCUAGCACAUCUAAACAACACCCCACCAUCAUUCCCUCUCGCCAGUGGGGGUUCCCGACUAUUAGAUGGCAACUCAGCGUACGCAGAAGAGCUCGAGAACUUCAUCGCGACAUUCCAUCAAGCUCCCACAGCACUAUUAUUCAAUUCCGGCUACGACGCCAAUGUCGGCGCUCUCUCCAGCAUCCCCCAACCAGGCGAUGUAAUUUUGUACGAUGAAUUGAUCCACGCCAGUAUUCACGAGGGCAUGCGUUUGUCGCGAGCUGGUCCUCGAAAAAUGUUUGCCCACAGUUCACCAAUUGGUCUGAGGGAAGCUCUCCAGCCACUGAUGGCAGAAGACCCAGCAAUUAGGAAUGGCCAGCGCAAUGUCUUCGUGGUCAUUGAAUCCAUCUACAGCAUGGAUGGCGACGUUGCACCCAUCAAUGAGUUCAUCGCCGUGGUGGAUGACCUGCUGCCUCAUGGCAAUGGGUAUUUCUACGUCGACGAAGCCCAUGCGACUGGUGUAUUUGGACCGCGAGGGGCUGGGGUAGUCCAGGAACUUGGCGUACAGGAUCGUAUGUUCAUUCGGGUACACACGUUCGGCAAGGCAUUAGCCAGUCACGGAGCGGUCGUGCUUUGUGGACCAGAGACGAGAGACUAUCUCAUCAACUAUGCCCGAAGCUUGAUCUAUACCACAGCCCUAGGGUUCCCAUUCCUAGCGGCGAUUCGCACGGCAUAUGAGCUCCUAUCGUCUGGAGAAACCGAAUUAUUACAACACCGGCUCCAGCAAUUAAUCCGUCAUCUCCGACAACAGCUCGACGACCUCCAUACUCCACAGUCAGUCAUGUUCGAAAUCGAUCACUUCCCCACGUCUCCCAUCAUCUCUCUUCGCACAUCGCACCCACGACAGUUAGCCAGUCUCUGUCAAUCAAAGGGUUUCGUCGUUCGUGCCAUUAUGCCGCCGACCGUUCCCGUGGGAAAGGAGCGGGUGCGGGUAUGUCUACAUGCUGGGAAUACGGAAGUAGAGAUUGAUGGAUUGGCGAAGGUGAUUCAGUCGUGGCUGGAACGAAGCCCGAUAACAGAAUCGAAACUAUAG